GAAGAAGACGGAGCGCAGUAAGAAGUUCUUCACCGACCUGAUGGUGAAGGAGCACGUUCCCACCAUGAUCAAUCCCAAGCCCUGCGGACAUCUGUGCUGCUGUGCCAUCACCGGCUGCGAGGAGGAGGAGGCGGUGAGCUACUACACCAAGACAGAGUCCAAGCUGAAGGAGGAGUACAGGAAGGAGAAGGAGAAGGUCAACACCAAGCCUCUGGGCAUGGCCUUCGUCACCUUCCAGAACGAGGCCAUGACCGCAGUUAUUCUGAAGGACUUCAACGCGUGUCAGGUGCAGGGCUGUCGCUGUCGUCAGGAGCCAGGAUCCUCUCAGUUCAGCGAGGCGCUCCACGUUCACAACUGGAGCGUUUCCUACGCACCCGACCCGCAGAACGUCCGCUGGGAGCACCUGUCUCUGGGCGGGAUCUCCUGGUGGAUCCGCUGCUUCAUCAUCAACGUCAUCCUCUUCCUGCUGCUCUUCUUCCUCACCACUCCCGCCAUCAUCAUCUCCACCAUGGACAAGUUCAACGUCACCAAGCCUGUCGAGUAUCUCAACAAUCCCAUCGUCACCCAGUUCUUCCCCACCCUGCUGCUGUGGGCCUUCUCCGCCCUGCUGCCCACCAUCGUCUACUACUCCGCCUUCUUCGAGGCUCACUGGACCCGGUCUGGAGAGAACAGGACGACGAUGCACAAAUGUUACACCUUCCUGAUCUUCAUGGUUCUGCUGCUGCCGUCUCUGGGACUCAGCAGCCUGGAUGUUUUCUUCCGCUGGCUCUUUGAUAAGAAGUUCCUGGAUGAUGCCAAAGUCAGAUUUGAGUGCGUCUUUCUGCCGGAUAACGGAGCGUUCUUCGUCAACUACGUCAUCGCCUCUGCGUUCAUCGGUAACGCCAUGGACCUGCUGAGGAUCCCCGGCUUACUCAUGUACAUGAUCCGCCUCUGCCUCGCCCGCUCCGCCGCCGACCGCCGCAACGUCAAGAGGCAUCAGGCCUACGAGUUUCAGUUUGGAGCGGCGUACGCCUGGAUGAUGAACGUCUUCACGGUGGUGAUGGCCUACAGCAUCACCUGCCCCAUCAUCGUGCCCUUCGGUCUGAUGUACAUGCUGCUGAAACACCUGGUGGACAGGUACAACAUGUACUACGCCUACCUGCCCUCCAAACUGGACAAGAAGAUCCACUCUGCAGCCGUCACUCAGGUGGUGGCCGCCCCCAUCCUCUGCCUCUUCUGGCUGCUCUUCUUCUCCACCGUGCGCACAGGUUUCGAGACGCCCACCUCCAUGUUCACUCUGGUGGUGCUGAUCGUCACCAUCGUGGUCUGUCUGUCUCACGUCUGCUUUGGACACUUCAAGUACCUCAGCGCUCACAACUACAAGACCGACACUAAGGAGAACGAUGUGGACGUCGUGGAGAACGGACGUCCAGCUCGCCCCUCGUCCUCGCCCACCAUCAAAGCUCAGCGGCAGACGCAGCAGCAGAUCCACAUGCAGCAGCAGAUGUACAUCGCUCAGGUUCUGCAGGAGGGCGGCAGCAACACCGAGGAGGACCGAGGCUCGGCGCAGGACGAGGACUUGUUGAACGGCGGGAACAGCAUCAACGAGGCGGAUUUUCAGUCAGGGGAGGACAGUCUGAUAGCAAACGAGGUCCACCAGUAGCUGGGGGUGGAGCCAGGGGGAGGGGGGCGGAGCUAAACAACACAACAGUUAGAUAAUUACACAUAGACACACUUACAGAUAGACUGACACGGUUAGCUCCACCCCCUCCCAGCUCGAAGACUUGACCCUGACCUGGAAACCUGACGGACACGGCUCUCCACAGGAACUCACUGUACAUAACCACAAAGCCAAAACUUUUAGUUUUUUUCUCGGUGUGGGGGGCGGGGUUUAACAAUUAGUUACUGGGCUGGAUUUUGUUCGUUCGCACUUGUGUCUUGACUCCUGAUCCCACCGCAGGUUGCCGGUUCGAUGCUGAGGCUGUCCCCCCGGUGGACGCUUCCAGAAAAAGGCCCCGUUACACCGCCCUCCUCUACAUCGGAGUGCUCAAUAAGUCGCCAACCGCCAGCUCUCGUAGUGGUAGAAGCUUACGCAGACGCUGUCUCCCUCUCCCUUUGAACCUGCCGGUAUGUUCCACCCCUCUUGGCUUCUCUGACCUGCCAAGCUUUCACUGCAUGCUGUUCAAAGUGCAGUCUGGAUCACCACCACCCCCCCCCCCCCCCCCAGCACAUCCUCCCCCCCAGCACAUCCUCCCCCCUGCCGGGUCAGAGUUUCCAGCUUCACCUCCGUGUGGACUGCUCCUCGGCCGCCUGAUUGAGCGCCUGAUAAUGUUUGAACUUCGUGAACAUGUUAUAAAAUGUGCACUUCAGAAAAUGUCAUAAAACCAUAUUUGGCGAUAAUGCAA